UUAGAACCCUGACAAACAGUAUUUCAUAUUCCCGAAAUCCAAAUUUAUGAAUAAUUUAUAAAUAAUGAGUUUUUGAAUCGAUAAUAGUCGUAACAUUUAAACGCUCCCGCGCAUAAAGUCGCGCUGACAGUUCCGACGAUGUGCUUCGAUCUAUUGGACCGCGGCCGGCCAAUCAGCGCACAGUACCGACGUCGUACGACACGAACGACACGAACGAAGUCUCUUAGUUUUAAAUGUUCAAAUAUUUAUGAUUAUGUGUUGUUUUUGUUUACUUUUGAUAACUAACUAACUUAACUUUACUUGUGCAAUUAUAAAUUGGUGAAAUGAGUAACGAACGUUCUUCAAAGAUUUUGAAAUUGGUGUUAGAUAAGCCCAAUUCAAAUAGCGAAGUAUUAACGGCCGGUCAAAAUUUUGAAAAUGUAUCACCGGUACCACUUGAGGCUGAACACCAGUGGGAGCAAUACAAGACGAUGUUCGGGAACUCUUUUAGUAAUAGUACAGGAAGUAUUGACGACAACUUUGAACUAACUAACUUAGCCGCAAUUUUACCAGUAAUUGCUUCCCCAACUCCUAAGGAUUCCGAGCCAUGUGAUGAAGAUUUUUUAAACGAAUCAGCUGAUGUAAUAGAACCUUCAUUCGAUAUGACACCAAUGCCCUCUCCGAAUAAUGACUUUUUGAAAUAUGUAGCUUGCUCUUCGACUCCAUUAUUUAGUAACGUAUCUAAUUGCGAAGCUGAUAAUAAUUGUUCAUCCGGUAGUAGUAGAGCCAAUACACCACUGCUCAGUAACGUCUCGAGCCAGGAUUCUUCUGUGUGCUCGUCAAACGAAAGUACGCCGUCGUCAAGCAAAAUUAUUGGAAGAAAACGUCGCCGUCGCCGUGAUGAGUGGAAAGACAUAAAAAGAAAAUGUUUAAAAAAUAUGGGAAAAGCGUAUUUAAGUAAGAACGGAGUUCAAAGAGAUGGAAAGAUUUUAAAACAACCAUGUCCGGUUACUUGCCGACUGAAAUGUUUUCAGAAGUUUGAUGCACAGCAACGGGAACGUAUAUUUAAUUCUUUUUGGCGAAUUGGAGAUCACUGUCGACAAUGGGAUUACAUCGUCAACCACACAGAAGUAGGCGAUACUAAGUAUCCUUCUACUACAAAACUUGUGUCUAGGCGCAAGAAAUCGAUUAAGUAUUGCUUGCCUCUAAUUGAGUCUAAUUCUGACAUACCUAAUAAGGUGUUCGUUUGCAAAACGAUGUUUCUAAACACACUCUCUGUAGGGGAAAGAACUGUUCAAACGGCUUUGGCGAAAUGGAGCUCAGGGGUGGCUCUGUUUCCCCUGAUCGACGCGGUGGUACCAGAACUAUUGUCAUAGACGACGAAAUAAAACAGGAU